GUGUUGUGCAGAUGAAGUCUCUGUACAUAAAUGGUCGUGUUGGUCAAAGUGUGACAAUCAGCUGCUCAGACUGGAACGUUCGGACUGAUGUAACAAAGAAUGUCAAGUACUUUUGUUCCAGUCCAUGCACGGAGGACCAACACAUCAUCAUCAAAGCAGAAUAUGGAAAAUUUCAAACAAAAAAUGGAAUAAAGUUACAUAACAAAGGAAAAACCUUGUUGGUGACCUUCAAAAGUCUCCAAAAGUCAGACUCCAAAACAUACUACUGUGGAGUGGAUAGAUAUUUGAUAGCAGACGCAUAUAUAAUGGUGAUUCUUAUUGUCAUGGAUGCUCUGCCCUCCAGUCCCAGAAUGACUCCAAAAACUAUCAUUAAUGUUCCCACCUCCUCAUUUGCAGUCACAACGAGCUCCACGAUGUCUUCUAACAGCUCAGAUGUUUUUACUGAUACGUCUACGUCACACACCACCCUCAAUAUAACUACACCUGCUGCACCAGCACAAGGAUAUGUUAGCUCUGUUCUAUAUUUGGUUGUAGGUGUUCUUGUUGUAAUAAUCAUACUGAUGGUCUCACUCAAGCUCAUGAACAUGAUGAUGAAACGGCGAUCGAAAGUUGUGUCAGGUGCUGAUACCGUGAACACAGAACCACAACAGGACGCUGAAUAUGAAGAAAUAAGACUUGAGGACCAGACCGACCCAGAUGCUCUCUAUUGUAAUCAUUCCUACCACCAAGUCAAUGAUUUACUAGUUAAGAGGCCUAAAGAACAUUCAGACGUUCUUUAUUUAAAUCAAGCUGCCAGCUUCAUGGACAGUUCAAAGGGGGCGUUUAGAAAGAGCGCGCGCACAUUUGACUUUGUGUACUCUGUUGUUCAAAGUCCCAAAGAGCAAAUGAAUCCCUCUGUGCAAAGUGAAAGAAAAGAACCUGAGAUCAACCAAGAGGACUCUCUCUACUCCCUGGCUCAGUUACCACGGGCAACCUGAGGGAGGCUGCUGUGGUCCAAAUGGAUACAAAUUAGCUUUCUUGAUCAUUCUUUAAUGGGAAUGUAGUGUGUAUAUAAAGUUACAUAAUAAAAUAUCCAAAGACAACUUAAGAAGAGCAAAUGUAGUGUAGAGUCUACUUGCUGUGAGAUGUGUCACUCGUACACAUACACACACUCACACACACAUUAGAUACAUCCUGCAUAGCUGUAAAUAGCUGUGCUGCAUCAGCCUUUGCCACCAUGAUUCAAGUGUUAAAUUAAUGCUGCUUCUGCAUCUGAACAGUCUGAAGACUUACUUCGUCAAGCCCACCUCAUGAAGCCAAAGGCUGUUUGUAGUAUCACAACAGCACAUUUAAAUAUGUUUAUUUUAUUAUUUGUAUCAAGCACUCGCAGCGCUUUUGCUUUUUAAUACCAGAUCAUUUAAAUCUAUAGUAUCCACCUACAUAGUUUUAUUUCACUGAAGGAUGACUGGUGAUU